CACAGGGUCAAAAGGUGAGUCUUCCUCUGUGUGCCUGCAGGUGGUGGAGGGAGACAAUCCUCUUCCUCUGGGCUCCACGUGGAAACACAGGAAGCGUCUUCGCUCAGCAGGAGAGGACGGCGAGGAGGCGAGAGGUUGCGCGUCCCGGCCGAACCCCGAAGGCUCGCCGUCAGCCACCGAACUGAACCGCCACUACGGCAAGCCAGAGGAGGAACUGCGGAGGCUUUGUCAGCGCUGCCACAUCGUGACGUCGCAGCUGAUCAGACAAGCUGCUGCCGCCGCCGACGGCUCGACUCUGAAGGACCCAGCCUACGCCUCCUUCCUCUUCGAUAAGCUCCAGCGUCUCCAGUGGUCUCGUCGUGGUCGCCAUGUUUCUGUCGACGUUUGCUGUGACGUCUGCGGUGCCUCCUUUGACCACCUGAGGCGUCUUGCUCUGCGUCGAGCUCUGGGCAUCAGCAGCGAGAUGACGCCUCACCCUGCCGUUCCACCCACCACCACCUCCAUCUCCACCCGCCAGGCCUCAGAGGAUGGCUGGAGGGGCGACGAGCUGCCGCUGAAGCAGCAGAGAUGGUCUUUUGAGGAGCAGUGUGGAGGCGGGGCUCUGUGGGGAUGGGGCGGAGUCCAGAGCACCUACCUGGGAGGGGGUGGAGCCAAGGGGCUGGCCACAGUCACUCCCCUCCCCCUGGACUCACAGCACCACCUGGAGGGGGUGUGGAGAGUCUCCUGCUGCAGGCCAGAAGAACAACAACAACACACUACGGGUUCAACUUCAGAUGGAGUUUAUGUGACCAUGAAGACCUCAGCUCAGGAAGUCAAACCAGCAGCUCACAGCAUCGCCACCCAAACCAGCCAACCACCGUCUGGCGCUGCUGCCUUCUUCAUCAGGGCAGCUCAGAAGCUCAGUCUGUCUCGCAGGAAGAAGUCCCACUCGGGCCACCCCUCACCGCCUGGUGAGGCCCUGGGGCCCCUGCUCUACACCGGGGGUUUCAGCGGGGCCCUGCAGCUCUCACCUCCCGCCAUCCCACCAUGCCUCCUCCGGGCCGGGUCAAAGGUGAAGGACAAGCCAGGGAUGGGGAAGGUCCGAGUGAUGGUCCGGAUCUGUGGGGAGUCCUCAGAGUCCACGUCCCUCCUCAAAGUGGAUGGGAGGAAGAAGCAGCUGACUCUCUACGAGUCAUCUGCCAGCGGACUCUCCCAAAGAAGAUCUUCGGUCUUGGCGCCAAAGACCUUCAUGUUUGAUGCUGUCUUCACCCAGGAUGCUUCACAGGCUGAGGUGUGUUCAGGGACGGUAGCUGAGGUCAUCCAGUCGGUGGUGAAAGGAGCAGAUGGCUGUAUCUUCUGCUUCGGACACGCUAACCUGGGUAAGACGUACACCAUGAUUGGGCGGGACUGCUCCACCCAGAGUCUGGGAGUGGCUCCCACAGCCAUCUCGUGGCUCUUUAAGGUGACUGAGGAGCGGAAGGAGAAGACCGGAGCUCGUUUCUCCAUCAAGGUGUCCGCUGUGGAGAUCUCUGGCCGGGAGGAGGUGCUCACCGACCUCCUGGCUGACCUCUCCUCCUCCUCCUCAGCAGGGGGCCACCAGGAUGCCCUGGGCCCUGCUGUGUCACUGCAAGAAGACCCCCUCUGUGGAUCUCAGCUGCGGAACCAGACGGAGCUGCGGGCGACCAGUGCCGAGCGAGCAGCGUCUUUCCUGGACUCCGCGCUGGCAGCGAGGAGGAGCAGUCAGGCUCCGAGUGACCAGGAGGCUCGGAGGAACUCGCACUUCCUGUUCACCAUGCACGUAUACCAGGAGAGGCUGGACAAGAGCAACAAGGCAGCAGUGUCUGGUCGGAGUCGUCUCCAUCUCCUGGAUUUGGGAAGUUGUGAGAUGGACAUCAGCAGGACCAGAGAGGGGGGUGGAGGUCAGUGUCUGUCCCUGUCUGCGCUGGGAAACGUCAUCCUCGCCCUCGCCAACGGAGCCAAGCACGUUCCCUACAGGGACAGUAAGCUCACAAUGCUGCUUAGUGAGUCCCUGGGAAACAUCAACUGUCAAACCACCAUGAUCGCCCACAUUUCGGACUCCCCAGCCAACUACAUGGAGACGCUGACCACAAUGCAGCUGGCCUCACGUAUUCACCGCAUGAGGAAAAAGAAGUCCAAGUGUGCCUCCAGUUCGUCUGGUGGAGAGAGUUCCUGUGAGGACGGCCCAUCCCAUCGGCCUCCGCACCUGCGACCUUUCCAACCUCGGACUGCGACUAAUGACCCAGACGCCCCCCUCCUGCUCUCCAGUGAUCCUGACUAUUCCUCCAGCAGUGAACACUCUUGUGACACAGUCAUCUAUGUUGGGCCUGGAGGAACUGUCAUCUCAGACCGAGAACUGAGCGACAAUGAGAGUCCACCUUCCUUUGUUCCAAUCAUCCCCUCCCUAAACAAAAAGCGAGCCAAAGACGUGCCCAGGUCAGAUGGUGAUCACUUUAAGUGUAACACAUUCGCAGAGCUGCAAGAGAGACUUGACUGCAUCGAUGGCAGCGAGGGGCCAGCUAUGUUCAACACGGAAGGUAAAGCAGCACAAGCAGCACAAGUAGCAGCGCUCAGGACUCAGCCUGAAACCUCUAAACCCACAGAGGCAACGUCUUCACCCAAAUCUGAUAAUAACUCCUCUCAGAGGCUAGAAGAAAUUGCACCAACUGCAAGCACAAAUAAACGUGGUCAGAAACAACUGAACUGCCCCUCAGCCAGCAGCAUCACAGAUACUUCCAAACGGACUAGUGCAGAUGGGGAGAAGCUUUCAGCCACCUCCUCUCAGCCAUGUGUGGUGAAGCCUGACAGGACUUUUCUCCAAGACUUAGAGCCUGUGGUGCAAGAGAAGAUCUACUUCAAAGGAGGUGUACCCAAGCCUGCAGCCUCACCAUCUUUACCAAUGGCAUCCACGACAGCAACUCAGCCUGUUGAGGUUGUUAGAAGGACUGCACCAGCAGGUAUGAGUCAACAAGCACUGAGACAAGGCCAAGCAGUGGGGUCCCCAAACACAGAGAGGGUGCCUCAUACAAACACAUGCAGCACAGAGGUCAACAGUCUUCAGGGAGCUCUGUUAGGAAGAUGCCUCAACGGGGAUUUUCUAAGAACUACGGUUACACUACAGCAGCCUGUAGAGUUGAACGGUGAGGAUGAACUUGUGUUCACAGUCAUAGAGGAGUUUCCUCAUGGCCUUGUCCCAGACAAUGGCCGCCCCUCCAACCUGCUUAACUUCAACAGCUCUCUGCAGGCAUUAGCCUCUGACUCUCGGCCCGUGAGCAUCAUCAGCAGUAUUAACGAUGAAUAUGAUGCUUAUACAUCACAACAAGGAUCCGUGGACCCUGAGGCUGAGGUUGGGACCGACUGCCGGGAAAUAUUGUUUUCCCAACAUGGAAAUGAGCAGUCAGCUGCCGGCUCAUGGCCGAGUGAAGCCAGAGCUGAUUUGGUUGGAAGUGAAAGAUGCGUUUAUUUGACAGACAAAAACAUGACAACAGAAAAUGCAUCCGCGCCCACCUCACCAAGUGUAUGUCUUAAACAACCCUUUUUGCAGCAUGGCAUUAAGAGCUCCCUGAAUGACAGCGGCUGCUUCUCAGAGUUGGACAGUCACCAAACAACAAACAAACAUUUCUUUGCCAUGUGUCCUCCCACACCUGACCCUACCAAAGCCUCUCUCAAAGGCUCUCUCAAAAUGAGAGUCAGCACUGUUAACACUUCAUUGUCAGCCCAGGUUUCCCAUCAUGUUGACCAUUCCAGUCUUCCUAGGAAAACCAAGCCUACCUCAACUGCACCUGCAGGCUACAGCAGACAGGAGGGCAGACAUGAUGACUUUUUGCUUCAGGGAAGUAGUAACUUUGAUCCCAAUGAGCUUGAGUUUCUCUCUGCAAGUAAGUCACCAAGAGGUGGGAUGAGUAGUGUUUCCUCCAAGAGGCCCACAGGUAACAGUAACAGUGUACCUCGGCCACCAAAGGCACAAGUGUCAUCUUCAGCUCAGAGGGUUGUUGAUGGUUGUGAAAGGUCCAACAGCAGGAAAGGAGAGACUCUCAUCAAGCUGCCACGACUCACACGAGGUGCAACAACUCUAGGAACUGUUUCAGUCCCUCAGAGUUCUGAAUCAAGAUGGGGUCGCGAGGGCACUUCUCUGACAGGCACGCUGAGAUUUUCCUCCUUGGGAAAAAAGUCAAAUGGGCAGAAAAGCAUUGUGAUCUCCAAGUCUGGAAGCAUACCUCCUUCUGCUCCACAAGUCAGACAGUCAAGCCAAGAACAAAAGACAAAGACUGCACUAUUUUCAAGUGCCUCAAAAACAAGCAGUGAUGGUGGAAAGUCUUCAUUUUCGACAACACUGAUCUCAGAAGAAGAAUUCAACAUCAGGCUGCGCGCAGAUUCAUUCAGCCACAGGACAUUGAGUUUAAAAACUGAACAUGGUUCUGCCAGGACAUCUCCCAGUCUGAAGACACGUGAGGCCAAAGCAGAAUCUUCCAGGUACUACAGCAGCCUGAUGUCUCUGGAAAGAUGCGAUAGUCAAACCUUAACUGGGUCCAAGUCUGAACUCUUCAGGGAGAAUAGUGGUGCUACAUUAGGAGGUAACAGCAGAUCCAACAGAUCGGUGCCGAGACUUGGGGUUCAAGCAUCCACCUCCAUAUCUGUUUCUUCUUCCCAGGAUUCUCAUGGUGCCUUUGUAACUACAAUCAAGGCACUGGAGCAGGUCAAAGGCAACAGCAGCUCACGAGUGGCAGGUUCUGGUGGAUCAAAGGUUCGAACCCUAUCUACCAGUAGUUCCAAGAGCCUAAGCUCCUCCCCUAAACCUCUUGAUAAUGUAGCUGGAUGCAACCUACCUCCAACUGGUAAGUCCCCAACUCGGUCGGCAACAGGAGCCAAAAUGGAAAGACGCACCACCAUGGGCACAAAGCAGGCCAUCAGCAGGGUAGCUAACAGCCGAGUUAGUGAGUUAGCCACUGGGAGCCAAAGAAAGCAGCUCAGUAGGGGGCCUGGAUUAACAGGAAAUGAAGGUAGUGAUAGCGGGACUAGUAGAGUCAGUGAGUCACCAAUCAAUGCACCGCUACCAUCACCUUACAGCAAGAUCACUGCUCCUCGGAGGCCACAGCGCUACAGCAGUGGACAUGGCAGUGACAACAGCAGCGUCCUCAGUGGGGAGCUUCCCCCUGCCAUGGGUCGCACAGCCCUGUUUUACCACAGUGGGGGAAGCAGCGGCUAUGAGAGUAUGAUCCGAGACAGCGAGACCACCGGCAGCACCUCUUCAGCACACGACUCCAUGAGCGAGAGUGGAGUGUCUUCAUCCAAUAGAAGCAGAGUUUCUAAAUCGCCCAAGAAGAGAGGAAAUGGCUUCCAGCGGCGCCGUCUGAUCCCAUCUCCCCUCCCGGACACCUCCUCUCUGUGCAGGAAGCUGGGGGGUCAGUGGGUGGACCUGCCACCGCUUGGUGGCACCCUGAAGGAGCCCUUUGAGAUAAAGGUGUACGAGAUCGACAACGUGGAGCGCCUGCAGAGGAGGAGGGAGGUGAUGGCGGAGUCAGAGCAGCCUUUCCAUGACGUUGAGAAGGGUCUGCUCUACUUUAACGCCCGGCUGAGGAUGCUGGAGAAGAGGCAGCAGCAGAUCAGAGAGCUGAAGAGCAAACACGAGAGGCUGAAGGUGGAGCUGGAAGAGGCCAAGAGCCGGCUAAUGCUCCACCCGAGCAAAUGGAGCAGAGAGUUCAAUGUGGACCAGGACCUGGACCGGGAGUCCCAGGAGUACCUGGAGGCUCUGGCUCAGGCCACAGUGGAGCUGGAAUACUGUGUUAACCUCUGCAAAUCCCGGGUCAUGAUGGAGACCUGCUUCGACAUCUCUGUGGCGACAGCCACUGCCAUGCCAGGAGGACAGCAAGAGGUGGCGGUGUGAGAGGAGAGCUGGGUGCUACACCUCCACCCUGCUGGCUUUCAGUGUCUCCAUCUUCAUGGUGGUGACACAGAAAUCAGCUGUGACAACAUACAACAAACAGUGAAACAGCACUGCAGCCUUCAGCUAAACAACAGAAGAAGCUGGAGAAGUUUAGAGCUGAAUACACUCUGUGAAGUGCAGCAGGUUCUCAUCAUAUCAUCCAUCAGCAAGGGAAGAGUUUGUGAAGAGAGACAAACGAAAAAUUCAUUGGUAAAAUCAGACCUGUGAAUAACUGGUUCCUGAGGAGACGGACUGCUGACGGAAACGUCCUGUCACAGCUGGUCCUGGAUUAGAUACCUGAAGAUGCACUGGAAGUGCCUUUAUAUUUAUUAUCUGAUUUAUUCAUUUCGAAGUUAUUUUCCUUAUGUACUCUUGUUUUCUAUUCGUCAUUAUGGUGCUGAUCUUCUAAACUGUUUGUGGUGCAAACAGUUGCUUUGAUUUGGUGUUCAGCUGGUAAAAAUCGCUUUCAGGUUUGCAGACUUCAGUCUUUGCUGCCCUCGACUCACACUGAUGUCUGUGUGUCUUGCAUGUUUCAUGUUUGUCUUUAAGAGGGUCACAAAUCAGAGCUCAGUGUGACAUCCACGUUCUGAGGACAUCCUCAUUUCUGAUGUCCAUCUAGAAUAAAUGUCCAUAAAUCCAGACAGAAGAAUCGUCACGUCUUUUCUUCAGUUUCACAGUGAGCCAGUGAUGGUCAACAUGCUAACGGUAGCUGCUAACAGGAGCUGCUAACAGCCGCUAACAGCAGCCACUAACAGGACCUGCUAACGGGAGCUGCUAACAGCCACUAACAGCAGCCGCUAACAGGAGCCGCUAACAGGAGUUGCUAACGGGAGCUGCUAACGGGAGCUGCUAACAAGAGCUGCUAACAGCCACUAACAGCAGCCGCUAACAGGAGUUGCUAACGGGAGCUGCUAACGGGAGCUGCUAACAAGAGCUGCUAACAGCCACUAACAGGACCUGCUGACGGGAGCUGCUAACGGGAGCUGCUAACAAGAGCUGCUAACAGCCACUAACAGCAGCCGCUAACAGGAGCCGCUAACAGGAGUUGCUAACGGGAGCUGCUAACAGGAGUUGCUAACAAAUGCUGCUAACAGCAAAUGUAGCCGUUCAUGUGAGCAAAGCACAUUUCAGCGCUCAAGUUUGUGCUAAAACAUGAGAGACGACAGUGAGCUCAGCAUCAACUAAAUUUUGAAUUGUUUAUCCUGUGUUCAAACAUUCUCAGGCAUGAAAACUUCCUUUUUUAAAAUCUGUGACGUCCUGCGUGAGUCUUUGUUCCUGUAACAGGAGAAGAGAAAACCUGCUCUUUCCUGACGGAUUCAGCUGUGGUUGGAUUUGUUGAGUUCUAAUGAUUUGUAAAGGGAUGAGUGCAUCGGCUGGUGUCGUACAUGUGAAUAAAGAUGUUUUUGGUUUA